ACGCCACCCGACCUAGACCCCGUCGUGCUACCUGACCUCGUGUGUAGAAUCAAUCUGAUAUGCGCGGCAUGUCCCAAGAAGCAGUUACGCCGGUGGACUGAACUAUGGCCUUUGGUUCAAGAAGGCCGCCUCCCUUCCACGAGCGUAACGGAUCCAGCGUACCUGCCCCUGCCAGGGCACAAAGAUGGAACCCACAGCUCCAAGGCCCUGACGUCUUCAUAACUUCCCCAAACCAGCAGGUCCAGACCGAGUCGAGCUCUGAUGACGAUGUUCAGCUUCCCAAACCCACGAGAUCUUCAGAUCGUCCGGCUCAUGCACGCUCAAUGAGCCAUCCAUUUCCGUCCUUGUUCGGCUCCAAGAAGUCAAAGAAACUGCCUAGCCCGGACGAGACCACCGAUGACGAUUUUUCCAAAGCGGGCCAUGCGAGCUCACGGCCGGCUAUGGCGUCCAAGAAGCCCCAUCGUGGGCCAAUCGACUUCUCAAGUGGAAACUGUAUGACUUGCGGCGGCAAAGUGCGAUGGCCGAAAGAGUUGAGUACGUUCAGAUGUACAAUCUGUGCCACAAUCAACGACUUGACGCCGCAUGGCCCAAGGACGGAGGAAGGGAAAUCGGCGGCCACUGCUAGGCCGUUGUCUCUGGAGCACACAAGGAGAUUGGUGCGACAGUGCUUGCUCCAAGCUUUGAAGUCGUUUACUGGUGCUGAGGAACAACACCUGUCACCGGGCUUGCCUACAAGACAGUCAUCGCUGCGUACACCAGAGGAAGGUCUCUCAACGCCAACCACACAAAGCCAACACGGAAGAUCACCAUCGCUGGGCGUGACGCCUCCAGAUAGAGACUACAAUCCGGUAUUUGAUGACCACGGCGAUGGCUGUCUCGAUGCAAACCCUCUGCAGAGAGCCAACCCAGCCAUUCGAUCCUAUUCGACUUCGUAUCCAGAUGGCCGUAGUCUGACUUUUCCACUGGAUGGACAUGCUGAUGAGGGCAAGCCUCUGGACUCCAAAAGAAUCUUCAAGCCGAUCGAAGACUACCUGAUACGCGCCUUUCAGUUUCAUACAAAUAUCAAUACCUCUUUCAUUGCCAAGCGCCAUAGCUUCAGUUCAAGGGCUCAACCGCAACCACAAAUGCGCAUCAAGAGAAAGCCAGUACCUUUACGACAAGAAAAACAAGCUAUCUUUGAUGACACAGCGCUCGUUGCAGACCUGGACCCCAAGAUGCUUAUGGUUGGAGACCUAGCAGAGAAUGCGCAAUGGUGGGCCGGUGGUCAGCAAGAGGCCGUUCCCAGAUCGCGGUCUCAACGGAAAGAAGAUAACCAUGUGUUUGUCAGUUCUCGUUCACCUCGCAUUGACUGGGGAGAAGUUUUAGAAUGGUAUACGGUUGUUACCGAUGCAGCCAAGCCAUGGACGGAACUUUACAAAGAAAGCCUCGAGACCGGCCAAGUAAAAGAGAUGUCAUGGCAAGAAAGACAACGUUUCGAAGCUACUUUACUCGAAGCACAGAGUUACUUGCAGCGUGUCUUGUUGAAAUGUACGGAAAUGCUCUUGAAGCGCCCUGGCAGAUUGCUUGAAGAGCCCCAAGACGUCAGGUUCUUACUACUUCUCGUCGUGAAUCCGCUGCUGGCCUCAGACCACAAGAGCUUUGCUGGCGUAUACCAGGAUUCUAGCAAGGGGAAACAAUCGACACACAUCUCCCAAAUUACUAGCGAGGAACGGUCUGCGAUGGGACGGCACUCGGGCAUUAUCAAGAGAAUUCUAGGAUUGAUAUCGAACUCCUCAGAUCAAUGUCAUCACCAGCUCGUGGCUUGGUUCUCUAAGCUUCCUGGGCAUCUCUUCCUUCAAACUAAAGACCUUAUCAACACUUUUGUAAACUACCGCUUAAGGCGGUUGAGCGAAAAGAAGUUCGAAGUCGAGGUCGAUCUAACUGGGGGCUUGAUCCCAGAUCUGUCGAAUUCUCGCACAGGGGCAAGUGCAGCGUCACUCCAUGCUGCGUUAGCACCACCAGCGACUUCCAGGAACAAAAAGCAGUCACCUGAAACACCAAGAAUCACAUAUAGUGACGAUUGGCAGCUCAAGGCCGGCGCCAAGGUAAUGGCCUUGAUAUUUGCAGCCAAUAACCAGACACACGUCCGGCGGAAUGAAGUAAGUGUUAGGCACGCUCACGACCAUCUGCUACCCACAAGCGAUUUCUAUAAUACGAUGCUCGACUGUCUAGAUUUCAGGACGGACUUUGAGAUGUGGGAGUCAAGAAAGGGCAAGUUUGCAUUCUGCCAAUACCCAUUUUUUCUUAGUAUCUCUGCGAAGAUACAAAUCCUCGAGUUUGACGCCAAACGUCAAAUGCACGGAAAAGCGCGGGACGCUUUUUUCGACAGUCUUUUAACCCAUAAGAACAAUGUACCAUAUCUACUGCUCAGUGUACGGCGUGAGUGCCUUAUCGAAGACAGCUUGGCAAAAGUCAGCGAGGUUGUUGGAAGCGGCAGUGAAGAUAUCAAAAAGGGACUAAGAGUAGAAUUUCGAGGUGAGGAAGGUGUUGAUGCUGGUGGUCUUCGCAAGGAAUGGUUCCAACUAUUGGUCAAGGAGGUCUUCAACCCUGAUCAUGGACUAUUUGUUUUUGAUGAGGACUCUCAGUUUUGCUAUUUCAACCCACAUACAUUUGAGACAACAGACCAGUAUUUUCUUGUCGGGGUUGUCCUAGGCUUGGCAAUAUACAACUCUGCCAUUUUGGAUGUGGCCUUCCCACCCUUCGCAUUUCGAAAACUUCUCGCAGCGGCGCCUGCAUCCUCAACCAGCAAUUCUACUCUCCAGCGACAGAUGAUGACGUACACGCUAGAUGACCUAGCCGAGUUUCGGCCACGGCUGGCUCACGGCCUCCGCCAACUCCUGGACUUUGAGGGCGACGUGGAAAACACCUUCUGCCUAGAUUUCGUCGUUGAGAUUGAGAGAUAUGAUACAAGGUCUCGUACCCCGCUCUGCCCUGGAGGUGAUACGAAGCCAGUCACGAACGCCAACCGACGAGAGUAUGUCGAUCUUUAUGUCAAGUACCUGCUCGAUGAGGCCGUGAAACGCCAAUUUGAGCCAUUUAAGCGCGGUUUCUUCACUGUCUGCGCCGGUAAUGCCUUGUCGCUCUUCCGGCCUGAGGAAAUCGAACUGCUGGUUCGAGGAUCCGACGAGCCACUCGACAUAACAUCUUUACGAGCAGUGGCCAAGUAUGCGGAUUGGAAUACCGACAAACUCGAUAGGGAGCCUGCCAAUGAACCCACAAUUGAUUGGUUUUGGGAGUCAUUUGCCGCUGCGCCCCCGAAGGACCAGCGGCGGCUUUUGUCCUUCAUCACUGGCAGCGACCGCAUUCCCGCCAUGGGAGCGACGUCACUUGUCAUUAAAAUAAGCUGUCUUGGUGCAGAUACUGGGCGAUACCCAACAGCGCGUACGUGUUUCAACGUUAUUAACCUUUUUCGCUAUAGAUCACGGGAAAGACUCGAAACAUUGCUAUGGCGCGCCGUCAACGAAAGUGAAGGAUUUGGACUGCGAUAGAAACGGCUGAGCAGAGCCUUGGAUGAUCAAAAGCAUUGCGUGCAUAAUAUUGGCGUUCAAGACCUUGCGUAUGAUUAGGAUACCAUGGAGUACUGGUUAAUGUAAACGUGUAGUCGUGCUUAUGUAACUCUUACCGGCGCUCAAUCACAUCCAUUUGCUUUGUCUCUGACCCAUCAAAUGCCUGCCGGAGAGUCAGGCCAGUGAACC